AUGAAGCUAUCCAUAUAUACCUUUCUGAUAUCUACGCUCUGUGCUGUCAGCGUUCUGGGCGAUACUUACUAUACCAUAUUCCCCAAGGACAAUGGUGACGCAAACACAAACCUGGCAAUCACUAACGAUCUUUACGGAAGGGUCGACAAGAACAAAUGCUUUCAUUCUAAGAGUGAAACCUUAGGGACGUGGUACUGGUUUGCCCCCUUGAGCGAUGAUGAUCUUGCUCACUUCAAAACUGCCGCUGGCGUCCGAUCAAUUGGAAAAACCGGCUCUUACGACGCUCCCACGAAAGUGAGAAGAACUAGAACCAGAUCGAGUCGCAUCAAACGAAGUACGACAUCGCAAAAGCCUGCACCCUCCUCACUGAGAAUGAUCACGCAAGCGAAAGGACAGACCGACUUUCCGGACGGGUACUAUUAUGAUGAUACGGCAGGUGCAAACACUAGGAUAUACAUUAUCGACAGUGGACUGGACAAGACUCAUAGCGAUUUCAAAGGUGUGGACAUCACAUACAAGUAUACAGGCCCCUUUGGACCUACCACCGAAGAUGAUAAUGGUUCAGACGACGGUCACGGAACGGCCAUGUGCUCGGCAGCCCUUGGGGUGGUGGACGGCGUUGCCAAAAAGGCCAAAUUGACCAUCGUCAGGGCUCCUAGAGAUCAAUACAACGGCGUGCAAGUCGAGAUCGAGCGAUGGAUUGACGCUCUAUCGCAAAGCUAUGACCUGAUCAAAAAUGCUGGCAAUGAGAAAUCCGUGGUCAGCAUGUCCUGGGGGUUCGACCCUCCGGGAGACGCGGCCUACGCCGACCCCGCUCACGAUACGUUUGUCACAUUACUCAAGGCCAUCAAUGGCCUUGGUGCGGUGACAGUUGCUUCGGCAGGCAAUAACGCUCAGUUCAGUCAAGAGGUCAACGUAAUACCAGCUAUCUUGGGAAAGUCGGAUGUGACGGAUCUCAUGGUCAUUGGAGCUGUCGAUUAUUCUGGCGCUUACCUGGACUACACCCAGAGAUCAUCCUGGAUGAGUUUGUAUGCUCCAGGCGAGGACGUCGAGUGCGCCAAGGUAGGCGGAGGGACACAAAACGAAGAUGGCACGUCCGCUUCUGCCGCCCUGACAGCAGGUCUAGUGGCGUACUUCAUGGGCACAGGAAAAUCCGGCUCUGACGCGCGCUCUCAAGCCUACAGCCUCUCAUACGCCCGUGGAAAGCAACCAGGCAAAGUAAUCUGGAACGGCGUCGACACCACGAAGUUAACCAGUACCGGGCCGGGACCAGUCCCCGCACCCUAUGCCACAGGGACCUGCUCCUUCCACCUGACGGAAACCGAAGACUGCGACCCCGACUACGGAAAGACCCUAUACGGCCACGUGAAAAUGUACGACAACGACAAGAACGUCAUUGGCGAGACAGUUCAGGACAACGAUCACCCCAUCGGCUACUCCAUGAAUGACGGGAGCUCGUAUAGCUUUACAAGCAAGCUCAAAGAUCCCCUGGUCAUCACUGGCGAGCACGAAAACGAUUAUGUGCAAUUCACCAUCGGGACCCUGAGCUGGCAGAGCAAGACGCCAAACGGAGGCGCUUCUUGCACCGUUGGGGGCUGGGAUCCUAGGGACGGCCCUGUCUGUCAUCUCAUAAGGGGUCCGCAGCAGAAUGCUGUAAGUCCUACCAUGCAAAUUGAAUGA